UUCCAGACAGACCUGGCAGCCCACGAGGAGCGUGUGAAUGAGGUGAACCAGGCAGCCGGUAAGCUAACCCAAGAGAACCAUCCUGAGGCUGAGCUCAUCCUGAAGAAGCAGGAGGAGGUGAACGCUGCCUGGCAGAGGCUGAAGGGUUUGGCUCAGCAAAGGCAGGGCAAGCUAUUUGGAGCUGCUGAGGUGCAGCGUUUCAACCGGGAUGUGGAUGAGACAAUCAGCUGGAUUAAGGAGAAGGAGCAGCUGAUGGCAUCUGAUGAUUUUGGUCGUGACCUUGCCAGCGUUCAAGCCCUGCUCCGGAAACACGAGGGGCUGGAAAGAGAUUUGGCAGCCUUGAAGGACAAGGUAAACACUCUUGGCGGCGAGGCCGACCGUCUGCAGCAGACACACCCCCAGAAUGCCUCUCAGAUCCACCUGAAAAGAGACGAACUCAUUACCAACUGGGAGCAGAUCCGUACCCUGGCAGCUGAACGACACACUCGGCUCAAUGACUCCUACAGGUUGCAGCGCUUCACUGCAGAUUUCCGUGACCUGACCAGCUGGGUGACGGAGAUGAAGGCUCUGAUCAAUGCAGAUGAGCUGGCCAACGAUGUGGCCGGAGCGGAGGCCCUGCUUGACCGCCACCAGGAGCAUAAGGGCGAGAUUGAUGCUCAUGAGGACAGUUUCAAAUCUACCGAUGAGGCUGGGCAGGCUCUGCUGAACACUGGACAUUAUGCUUCUGAGGAAGUCAAGGAAAAGCUGGGCAUCCUGUCUGAAGAGAGAGUGUCUCUUCUGGAGCUGUGGGAGCUACGCAGGCAGCAGUAUGAGCAGUGCAUGGACUUGCAGCUCUUUUACAGAGACACUGAGCAGGUCGACAACUGGAUGAGCAAGCAAGAGGCUUUCCUGCUGAAUGAAGAUCUGGGUGACUCUCUGGACAGUGUUGAAGCUCUUCUGAAGAAACAUGAAGACUUUGAGAAAUCCCUCAGUGCCCAGGAAGAGAAGAUCACCGCCCUGGAUGAAUUUGCCACCAAACUGAUCCAGAACAAUCACUACGCCAAGGAGGAUGUGGCCACUCGCAGAGAUGCACUGCUGAGCAGACGCAACGCUCUUCACGAGCGCGCUCAGUUUCGCCGUGCCGCCCUGGAGGACUCUUUCCAUCUGCAGCAGUUUUUCCGGGACUCUGAUGAGCUCAAGAGCUGGAUCAAUGAGAAGAUGAAGACUGCCACUGACGAGGCCUACAAGGACCCAUCCAACCUGCAGGGGAAGGUACAGAAGCACCAGGCCUUCGAAGCUGAGCUCUCUGCCAAUCAGAGCCGCAUUGAUGCACUGCAGAAGUCAGGCCAGGAGCUGGUUGAUGGAAAACACUACGCCUCCAGCGAGGUGUCCACCCGAAUGGAUGAGGUCAGCUCUCAGUGGAAGAAACUUCUAGAGGCAACUGAACUCAAAGGGAUUAAGUUGCGUGAAGCGAACCAGCAGCAGCAGUUCAAUCGUAAUGUAGAGGACAUCGAGCUGUGGCUGUAUGAGGUGGAGGGACACCUAGCCUCCGAUGACUUUGGCAAAGACCUGACCAGCGUCCAGAAUCUUCAGAAGAAACAUGCUCUGCUGGAGGCUGAUGUGGCUGCUCACCAGGACCGCAUUGAUGGCAUUACUAUUCAGGCCAGGCAGUUCCAGGAGGCUGGCCAUUUUGACGCUGAUAACAUCCGCAAAAAACAAGAGGCUCUGGUGGCACGCUAUGAGGCUCUAAAGGAGCCCAUGGCCGCCCGCAAACAGAAGCUGUCAGACUCUCUGCGCCUUCAACAACUUUUCAGGGAUGUGGAAGAUGAGGAGACCUGGAUCCGAGAGAAGGAACCCAUUGCUUCCUCCACCAACAGGGGAAAAGACCUUAUUGGAGUCCAGAACCUUCUGAAGAAACACCAGGCUCUGCAGGCGGAAAUCUCUGGCCAUGAACCCCGAAUCAAGGCUGUUACUCAGAAGGGGGAGGCCAUGAUUGAAGAAGGUCACUUUGCAGGGGACGAUGUGAAAGCUAAGCUGCAAGAGCUGCACAAUCGUUGGGAUGGACUGAAGGGAAAAGCGGCCCAGCGUAGACAGGAUCUGGAGGACUCCCUUCAGGCUCAGCAGUACUUUGCUGAUGCCAAUGAAGCUGAGUCUUGGAUGAGAGAGAAGGAGCCCAUUGUAGGAAGCACCGACUACGGCAAAGAUGAAGACUCUGCAGAGGCUCUGCUGAAGAAGCACGAGGCACUGAUGUCUGAUCUGAGUGCGUAUGGCAGCAGCAUCCAGGCAUUAAAAGACCAAGCCGAGGCCUGCAGACAACAAGUGGCCCCCACUGAUGAUGAGACCGGCAAGGAGCUGGUUCUUGCUCUAUACGACUACCAGGAGAAGAGUCCACGUGAGGUCACCAUGAAGAAGGGCGACAUCCUCACUCUGCUCAACAGCACCAACAAGGACUGGUGGAAAGUGGAAGUGAACGACAGGCAGGGCUUUGUUCCUGCAGCGUACGUGAAGAAGUUGGACCCGACUCAAUCUUCCUCUCGCGAGAAUCUGCUAAAUGAACAGGGCAGCAUUGCUCUGCGACAGGAGCAGAUUGAGAAUCAGACUGUGGUCACCAAGGAGGUGUGCAGCGUAUCUGUACGCAUGAAGCAGGUGGAGGAACUGUAUGGUACACUACAAGAGUUUGGAGAGAAGAGGAAGGACAUGCUGGAGAAGAGCUGCAAGAAGUUCAUGCUUUUCCGUGAGGCGAACGAGCUGCAGCAGUGGAUCAAUGAGAAAGAAUCAGCGCUUACUAAUGAGGAGGUCGGCUCUGAUCUGGAGCAAGUGGAAGUUCUGCAGAAGAAGUUUGAUGACUUCCAGAAGGAUCUGAAAGCAAAUGAAUCUCGGCUGAGGGAUAUAAACAAGGUGGCAUCUGAGCUGGAGUCUGAAGGACUGAUGGCUGAAGAGGCUCCUGUUGUGCAGGCCCAGCAAGUAGAGAUGCUGGGCUCAGCUCCUGGGAAGGAUGAAGCAGAUUCCAAAGGUGCAUCUCCAUGGAAGUCUGUUCGCUUGGCUGUUCAAACAACGGCCAACUUUAAUACUAUUAAGGAGCUGAACAACCGCUGGAGGGCCUUGCAGCAGCUGGCUGAAGACCGAAGCAACAUGCUGGGCAGUGCUCAUGAGGUGCAGAGGUUCCACAGGGAUGCAGAUGAGACCAAGGAAUGGAUCGAAGAGAAGAACCAAGCCCUGAACACUGAUAACUACGGUCAUGACCUCGCCAGCGUGCAGGCUCUGCAGCGUAAGCACGAGGGCUUCGAGAGAGACCUGGCUGCUCUAGGAGACAAGGUGAACUCUCUUGGUGAGACCGCAGAGCGUCUGAUUCAGUCUCAUCCUGAGGCUGUGGAUGACAUCCAGGAGAAGUGCACCGAGCUGAACACUGCCUGGAGCAGCCUGGUGGGUCGUGCUGACCAGCGCAAAGAAAAACUGGGCAACUCUCACGACCUGCAGCGCUUCCUCAGUGACUUCAGAGAUCUCAUGUCCUGGAUCAAUGGAAUCAGAGGGCUGGUGUCUUCAGAUGAGCUGGCCAAGGACGUCACUGGAGCUGAAGCCCUGUUGGAGAGACAUCAGGAACACCGCACUGAGAUCGACGCCCGUGUAGGCACCUUUCAGGCUUUUGAACAGUUUGGACAGCAGCUGCUUGCCCGUGGCCACUAUGCCAGCCCUGAGAUCCAACAGAAGCUGGAGGCUCUUGAACGGGAACGUGCCGACCUAGAGAAGGCCUGGGUCCAGCGCAGGAUGAUGCUGGAUCAGUGCCUGGAGCUGCAGCUAUUCAACCGUGACUGCGAGCAGGCUGAGAACUGGAUGGCAGCUCGCGAGGCCUUCUUGGCCAGCGAUGACAAGGGAGACUCCCUGGACAGUGUGGAGGCUCUCAUCAAGAAACAUGAAGACUUUGAUAAGGCUAUCAAUGUGCAGGAAGAGAAAAUUGCAGCACUGCAGUCUUUCGCUGACCAGCUCAUUAGCGCUGACCACUACGCCAAACCUGAGAUCUUUAAUCGUCGUAAUGAGGUCUUAGACAGGUGGCGCCGUCUCAAGGCUCAGAUGAUUGAGAAACGCUCUAAGCUGGGUGAGUCCCAGACUCUGCAGCAGUUCAGCAGAGAUGUAGAUGAGAUCGAAGCAUGGAUCAGUGAGAAACUCCAAACUGCCACUGACGAGUCUUACAAGGACCCCACCAACAUCCAGCUGUCCAAGCUGCUGAGCAAGCACCAGAAGCACCAGGCUUUUGAGGCUGAGUUACACGCUAAUGCUGAUCGUAUCCAUGGGGUGAUUGACACGGGCAAUGCUCUCAUCCAGAGAGGUGCCUGUGCUGGAAGUGAGGAUGCCGUCAAGGCUCGUCUUAAUGCUCUGGAUGAGCAGUGGCAGUUCCUCGUCAACAAAUCUGCCGAGAAGAGUCAAAAACUGAAAGAGGCAAACAAGCAGCAGAACUUCAACACUGGCAUCAAGGACUUUGACUUCUGGUUGUCUGAGGUUGAGGCUCUUCUUGCCUCUGAGGAUUAUGGCAAAGAUCUGGCCUCAGUCAACAAUCUCCUUAAGAAGCACCAGCUUUUGGAGGCUGACAUCUCUGCUCAUGAGGAUCGUCUAAAGGAUCUCAAUGGCCAGGCUGACAGUCUGAUGUCCAGCAAUGCCUUCGACACAUCUCAGGUUAAGGACAAGCGUGAUGCUGUCAACGGACGCUUUGGCAAAAUCAAGAGCAUGGCUGCUGGGCGCCGUGCCAAGCUGAACGAGUCGCAUCGUCUGCACCAGUUCUUCAGGGAUCUGGACGAUGAGGAAUCUUGGAUCAAGGAAAAGAAGUUGUUGGUGAGCUCGGAGGACUACGGACGUGAUUUGACAGGAGUACAGAAUCUAAGGAAGAAACACAAGAGGCUGGAGGCUGAGCUUGGAGCACACGAGCCGGCCAUUCAGUCUGUAUUGGAAACUGGGAAGAAGCUGUCUGAUGACAACACCAUUGGACAGGAGGAGAUCCAUCAGAGGCUGGCCCAGUUUGUGGAGCACUGGAGGGAACUGAAAGAUCUGGCUGCUGCACGUGGACAGAGGCUUGAGGAGUCGCUAGAGUACCAGCAGUUUGUGGCAAAUGUGGAGGAAGAGGAAGCUUGGAUUAAUGAGAAACUGAACCUGGUCGGAAGUGAGGAUUACGGUGAUACUCUGGCAGCUGUGCAGGGCUUGCUGAAGAAACACGAAGCAUUUGAAACUGAUUUUACCGUGCACAGGGACCGAGUGAAUGAUGUUUGUUCCAAUGGAGAUGAACUUAUCAAAAAGGAAAACCACAACAUGGAGAACAUCAUGGCUAAAAUGAAGGCCCUGCGUGGGAAAGUGUCAGAGCUUGAGAGAGCUGCAGCUCAGAGGAAAUCUAAACUGGAUGAGAACUCUGCCUUCCUUCAGUUCAACUGGAAGGCUGAUGUGGUGGAGUCCUGGAUUGGCGAGAAGGAAAACAGCCUGAAGACCGAUGACUAUGGUCGAGAUCUCUCCUCGGUGCAGACUCUGCUCACUAAACAGGAAACCUUUGAUGCUGGGCUUCAGGCCUUCCAGCAGGAGGGCAUCACCAACAUCACAGCCCUGAAAGACCAGCUGUUGGCUGCCAAACACGUACAGUCCAAGGCCAUUGAGGCUCGUCAUGCCACCCUGAUGAAGCGUUGGAACCAGCUGCUGUCCAACUCAGCCACCCGCAAGAAGAAGCUUCUGGAGGCCCAGGAGCACUUCAGAAAGGUCGAGGAUCUGUUCCUCACCUUUGCCAAGAAGGCCUCAGCCUUCAACAGCUGGUUUGAGAACGCUGAAGAAGAUCUGACAGACCCUGUAAGGUGCAACUCUCUGGAGGAGAUCAGGGCCCUGCGGGAUGCCCAUGACGCCUUCCACUCCUCGCUCAGCUCCGCAGAGGCCGACUUCAGCCAACUGGCAGAACUUGAUCGUCAGAUCAAGAGUUACCACGUGGCCUCCAAUCCAUACACUUGGUUCACCAUGGAGGCUCUAGAGGAGACUUGGAGGAACCUUCAAAAGAUCAUCAAGGAGCGAGAGCUGGAGCUACAGAAGGAACAGAGGAGACAGGAAGAGAACGAUAAACUUAGACAAGAGUUUGCCCAACAUGCCAAUGCCUUCCACCAAUGGCUGCAGGAGACCAGGACAUACCUUCUGGAUGGGUCCUGCAUGGUGGAAGAAUCCGGAACUCUAGAGUCACAGCUAGAGGCCACUAAGCGGAAGCACCAGGAGAUUCGUGCCAUGCGCAGUCAGCUGAAGAAGAUCGAGGAUCUGGGAGCAGCUAUGGAGGAGGCGCUGAUCCUGGACAACAAAUACACAGAGCACAGCACCGUGGGUCUGGCCCAACAGUGGGACCAACUCGACCAACUGGGCAUGAGAAUGCAACACAACCUGGAACAACAGAUCCAAGCCAGAAACACUACAGGAGUAACAGAAGAGGCCCUGAAGGAGUUCAGCAUGAUGUUCAAGCAUUUCGACAAAGAAAAAUCUGGACGUCUCAAUCACCAGGAGUUCAAGUCCUGCCUGCGGUCUCUGGGCUAUGACCUGCCCAUGGUUGAAGAAGGAGAACCAGACCCAGAGUUUGAGUCCAUCCUGGACAUAGUGGAUCCGAACAGGGAUGGAAACGUGUCCUUGCAGGAGUACAUGGCCUUCAUGAUCAGCCGAGAAACAGAGAACGUGAAGUCAAGCGAGGAGAUCGAGAGCGCUUUCCGUGCUCUCAGCGCCGAGAACAAACCUUACGUCACCAAGGAAGAACUCUACCAGAACCUGACGAAGGAACAGGCAGACUACUGCAUUUCUCAUAUGAAGCCCUACUUAGACAGCAAGGGCCGCGAGAUCCCGUCAGCUUUCGACUUUGUGGAAUUCACCCGCUCGCUCUUCGUCAACUGAUUCCCCGCCCCCUGCCUGCCAGUGACCAAUCGGGAUGCGUUUUUCCCCCUUCACAAGAACACACAACCAAACUGCAUGGAUCUGAAUUGAAAUUCUCUAUAGCACCCAGUAUAGCAAUAUUUGUAUCUUGCUAUCACUCUUAACCCUGCGUAUUUAUCUGACACUUCCUCAUGCUUCACUGACAAUAGUGUAGUGGAUCUGUCUGCAUUUUAUUGUGGUUGUUUAACUGUUAAGCGCUUUGCUUUAUUUAACAAACCUAUAGAGAGGAUAUGCUGUAACAUCACCCAUGAGACUGCAGUGUGCUUAAAUAAACGCUACUGGUUAUAACUGGAA